GUCAAGCUGUCAGCUGAAGUAGAACCAUUUAUUCCUCAGAAGAAGGGUCCAGAAACACUAAUGAUCCCAAUGGCGCUUCCUAAUGACAGCGGAGGAAUUAAUGGCAUGGAACCAACUCCUAUCCCUAGCUACCUGAUCACCUGCUAUCCGUUUGUACAGGAAAACCAAUCCAAUAGACAGUUUCCAUUAUACAACAAUGACAUCAGAUGGCAGCAACCCAACCCAAAUCCUGCAGGACCAUACCUUGCUUAUCCUAUAAUAUCUGCACAACCACCUGUUUCUACAGAAUAUACGUAUUAUCAGCUGAUGCCAGCACCAUGUGCUCAGGUCAUGGGUUUCUAUCAUCCUUUCAAUUCUGCACCCUUUCAAACAGCAAAUGCUGUAAAUACAGUUACUACAGAAUGCACUGAGCGUCCCAAUCCAUCAGGCCAGGUCUUUCCUUUAUCCAGUCAGCGGAGCAGAAGCAGUAACAGGGGACCAGUCAUACAAAAGCAACAGCAGUUACAGAUGCACAUAAAAAAUAAACGUCCUCCAGUGAAAAAUGUCGCCACUCAAAAGGAGACUAGUUCAUCAGGUCCUGAGAACAGAUCAAAGAUUGUUUUGUUGGUUGAUGCAUCACAGCAAACAGACUUUCCUUCAGAUAUUGCUAAUAAGUCACUUUCUGAGAGUGCCUCCACGAUGCUUUGGAAAUCAAAAGGCAGGCGCAGAAGAACUUCUCACCCUGCUGCAGAGUCCUCUAGUGAACAGGGUGCCAGCGAAGCGGACAUUGACAGUGACAGUGGCUACUGUAGUCCAAAGCAUGGCAAUAAUCAGGCUGCAGCUAUGCCUUCAAGAAAUACAGAUUCUUGUGCAAUGAAUGUUGUAGAACCAUCAAUAAAUACAAAUGGCACUUCUCUUUCAGCUGGUGUAAGCUGGACUAAUGUAAAUUCCCAGGCAACUCAAAAAAAACCUUGGAUUGAGAAAGCGCAAUCACUUUCUAGAGGUGGAAGACAAGCUGAGCAAAGAUCAGGUUCACAGUCCGGUUUCAGAUGCAGAGACCACAGCACAUCUUCAGAAAGAAGGCAGAAUUUGCAGAAACGACAUGAAAAACCUUUAGCUACAAGCCAGUCAAGCAGAACAGAGCAGAGUCCUGAACCUCUGUAUUUUGAGGAUGAAGAUGAAUUUCCAGAACUAAAUAGUGACAAUGGCAGCAGCAAAAGUAGUAACAUCCAGCAAAAGAUUGCACCCAAAGUAUUGGAUGACUUACCAGAGAAUUCUCCAAUCAAUAUAGUCCAAACUCCAAUUCCCAUUACAACCUCUGUACCAAAGCGUGCAAAAAGCCAGAAGAAGAAGGCCUUGGCAGCAGCACUUGCAACAGCUCAAGAGUAUUCGGAGAUAAGCAUGGAACAGAAAAAACUUCAAGAGGCUUUAUCAAAAGCGGCUGGGAAGAAGAGCAAGACCCCUGUUCAGUUAGAUUUGGGUGACAUGUUAGCAGCUCUAGAAAAGCAGCAGCAAGCGAUGAAAGCUCGUCAGAUCACUAACACCAGGCCCCUCUCGUACACAGUUGGCAGUGCUGCUCCCUUUCAUACCAAAGAAUCUGCCAACAGAAAGUCCUUAGCAAAGGGACAGCCAUCUAUGGGUUGCCUUAAUCCUUUGGAUUCAACUGCCCCAAAAGUGAAAAGAGGAAAAGAGAGAGAGAUUGCAAAACUGAAACGCCCUACAGCACUUAAAAAGAUUAUUUUGAAAGAGAGAGAAGAGAAGAAAGGCCGAUUAUCAGCUGACCAUAGCCUUUUGGGAUCUGACGAACAGAAAGAGGUUCAUAUAAACUUAACUGCUGAUCAGUCUCAGGAGCUGGCCUCUCAAGAAGAAACUGGACUAAGUAUGCCUAGUGAUACUUCCCUUUCGCCAGCAAGUCAGAAUUCUCCGUACUGCAUGACCCCAGUGUCACAAGGUUCACCUGCUAGUUCUGGAAUAGGUAGUCCAAUGGCAUCUUCUGCAAUAACCAAAAUUCACAGCAAGAGAUUCAGAGAAUACUGUAACCAAGUUCUAAGUAAAGAAAUAGAUGAGUGUGUGACUCUAUUAUUGCAAGAGCUGGUCAGCUUCCAGGAACGGAUUUAUCAAAAGGAUCCCAUGAGAGCUAAAGCGCGGAGAAGACUUGUUAUGGGGUUGCGUGAGGUUACUAAGCAUAUGAAGCUAAACAAGAUCAAGUGUGUAAUCAUAUCUCCCAACUGCGAAAAAAUCCAGUCAAAAGGUGGACUAGAUGAGGCUCUGUAUAACGUAAUAGCCAUGGCACGGGAACAAGAAAUUCCUUUCGUCUUUGCUCUUGGCCGUAAAGCUCUUGGCCGUUGCGUGAACAAGCUGGUUCCUGUUAGUGUAGUGGGUAUCUUCAACUACUCGGGUGCUGAGGACCUAUUUAAUAAGCUGGUAUCACUGACUGAAGAGGCCAGAAAAGCAUACAGAGAUAUGGUUGCUGCAAUGGAACAGGAACAGGCAGAAGAAGCCUUGAAGAAUGUCAAGAAGGCACCCCAUCAUAUGGGUCAUUCUCGUAACCCCUCUGCAGCAAGCGCAAUCUCAUUCUGUAGUGUUAUUUCUGAACCCAUAUCUGAAGUGAAUGAGAAAGAAUAUGAAACAAACUGGAGAAAUAUGGUGGAAACAUCUGAUGGGUUAGAAACCUCUGAAAAUGAGAGAGAGUCCACAUGCAAGACUGCAGUACCAGAAAAAGCCGGUAAUGGUCAAAUUGAAAAAGCUAUUCUUAAUAAACAACCACCUCUGGCUACAACUGGCGCUACCUCAGCAACGAAUCAUGGAAAAUCCACACCAGGUGACAAAGAUGAGGUGAAACCAGAUGACAAUCUGGAAUGGGCCUCGCAGCAGAGUACAGAAACAGGAUCACUGGAUGGCAGCUGCCGAGAUCUUUUGAAUUCGUCCAUGACCAGUACCACCAGUACCCUUGUACCAGGAAUGCUAGAAGAAGAGGAGGAGGAAGAGGAAGAUGAUGAUGAGGAUUAUGCCCAUGAACCAAUCUCUGUAGAGGUUCAGCUUAAUAGUAGAAUCGAAUCUUGGGUUUCAGAGACCCAGAGAACUAUGGAGACUCUUCAGCUUGGGAAGACCCUUAGUGGUGCCGAAGAAGACAAUGCAGAACAAAGUGAGGAGGAAGAAAUAGAGACGUCUGAGCAGGCUGAUCCAGUCACUGAUGGUGAGGAAUGGACAAAUGAUAAGCACGCAAGUAACACUCAACAUAAACCCACAAUCUGCAGUUCUUUGAAUAAAGAACACGCAGAUUCCAUCUAUAUGCCGUAAAAAUAAGCAGGAACUCAGGAACUUUUUAGAAAUUAUAUUAAAACUAACUGUUGUAAAGGUUGCAGCCAUUAUUUCGUAUGC